ACUGGCAUUUUUCCCUCAGUGAGCCAAUGUUUAAUAGAAGGUAAAGAACGCUAUCCAGAGGGUGAUGAUCCCCAAUUGGUAUGUACAUGCACAGAGUCUGCCAGCACUGAAACUAUUUGGUGGUGUUUUCAUGCAAGUUGUGAGAAGAGUCAAGGUCUUGGAAAUGGUGCAGACUAUAAUAUUCAAUCUGAUUUUGAUGGAAGUUCAGGUAAUUCUAAAAGUACGCUGACCAUCAUAAGUAUCCAGGAAGAUGAUGUUGGGGUCUACUUCUGCCGGUCAAGUAAUGGAGAUGGCUUUGAACAUAAAAUUGAAAAUGUGUUUGCAGAUGUAAAGAUCACAUUGGAUCCUGAGGGCGACGCAGAGUUAAAGUAUGGUGAAGAUAUUGUAUUAACUUGUACAAUAGAUCAACCAGAUAAACAACCAAUUUGGAUGAAAGGUGAUGCUACCUUAAAUUCAGGAGAUAAUCAUGUGAGUGAAGGUGAUGAGGUUGUCAAUGUAAAUGGUGGAAAAUUGACAAUCAAAGAUGCCAACAUCCAACAAGCAGGUACCUAUAUGUGCUCAGCACUGAACUCAGAAUCUCCUAAAAGUGUUGUUUUGUGGACAAGAAUUGAUAUUACUGCUGAUCAUUCUGUGAAAGUGACAGAAGGCAAGAAUGCUGAGUUGGUCUGCGAGGCAAGAUCAUCCCCAAUGCCAAACAUAUUCUGGAAAAGAGAUGGACAAAAAUUCAAUUACAGUGCUACUGAUGGCACUAAAGAUCCCAAUGAUGAUAUUUUUACUCGUACAUCAACACUCAAGAUUGAAGAUGUUACGACUCGUCGUACUUAUACAUGUGAAGCAACUCAUGAAUAUACUAAUGCCACAUCUCAUGAUAUUCUGCUACGUGUUAGAGGCAAGCUGGCCUGGCUUUGGCCAUUUCUUGUGGUGAUUGGUAUUUCUGUAAUUCUGGCCGCCAUAUAUAUAGUACUCCAUUUUAAAGAGGGACACGAUGAAGGUGAUGAAGAAGAGGAUGAAGAUGAUAUGACAAUGCUGGCUGGAAAAACUAAGAAAUCUGCUGAUGCUGCUGAAGCCUAGAUAUACACAAGCAGUUCCUUCCCUCACCCGCAACUUUUUUUAACAGUUUGCCAUACAGAUUUAUGUGCCAUAUUGAUCACGAUCCAAUUUUUAAAAACAUAUUGUGUUGCUGGUAUCCAGGAUUUACGUUGCUUUGUAUUAAAUUUAUAGGGAGACUGUUACCCUAAAGCAAUCAUACAAUAUACUGAACAAAGUAUUGUACUUAAAUUAUGUGUAUAUUUUGCAUUGGUUCAAUGCCAAUUAUGAAUAUUUCAUUACAAUAUAUCCAAGAUUGCCACACAGCACAUGAAAAUUGUAAGAAUGCAAUUUAAGAUACGAUACUGUAAGACAAAGUUACGUGUAUCAUUGGCGAAUUAAAAAAAGACAUGAUCAAGAAAUUGUAACAACCAUGCAUUGCCUACGACAGUGCAUAUCUGUUAAUACCUAGCCUUUAGAUAUACUGCAGUUUCAUUGUUUUUCCAUUAUUGCCACUUUUAUAAAUUUGUAUUAUUAUUGUUAUCAAAUAGUUCAAGAUAUUUUCUUACUUUAUAUAUAAUGAACAUUAUGAAAUUACAUUAUUGGUUCAUCAGCCUUAACUAAGAGAAGUAAACUCUUGUAAUUCCAUGUCUAAAGUACUGUACGUAGCUUGUGUGGGCAUUACCAUGCCAAUUAUGUUAGGAUGUAUAGGUGAAUGAAUGAUAAUUACAUGGGUUAUUGGAACUGGUCAUCUGUAUAUAAUAGUUAGUGAUUGAUAUGUAAAUGUUGACACUGUUCGUCUGCACUAGUAGUUGCAAAUGUUAGCUGGCUAUUAAGGGAUUACUGUGGUGCACACGUUGAUAUACACUACCAUCACUUUUAAAUGCAAAAGUAGUAGGGUUAUUGAAUUUUCAGAAACUUGCACAAGAAGGGCCUCCAAUUACCACUUUAUCCAUUUCACUUUACACCCAGGAAUAUAAGUGGUUACCUAGCAGUUGUAGUUCCAGAUAUCUGCCAACUAGGAAGUCCAAAAAUCCUAACAGCAGGUACAGCCCAAGGGGCCAACUGUCCCUCUGGCUAUACCCCCUGGAGUAAAACCCCUGGUGGGGGAAUCUUACUGUUAGAAACUGCAUUCACAGUAACUUUGGUUUGAUUGGCAAGUUAAUAUAUUAGUCAGAUGACCUCCAGUUGCAUUGCCGUUGCCCUAGCCUUCCGCUCUCAUCACCACCCACUAUACCACCAACCCAAUGCUGGUGGUUCCACUACCUGGUACAUACUGUAGAUGUAGGUUUGAAUGCCAGUGAACAGAUACUAGCUGCAGAGUUAUGGAAUAUUCAAGGUUUGACCUAAUCACCUUGUUAUUAGUGUGAAGUGUAGGGUGCCCUUUGCUUUAGGCUAUGUAAGAUUGAGAUGACAAAGUGGGUGUGCAAAAUAACAGCCCAAAAAAUAAUUUAAAUUGUAUUUCAUUAACCACAAAUAAUAGGCAAAAUUGUUUAAAGGCUAAGCUUGAGAACUAUAUAAGGUCUUUGCUACCCUGAUGCCUUACUCGUAAAAUGCAGUAUUAUGUACGCCUCCCUGAAAGGGGACUAUUUACAAUUAUGUGCUUAAUAUUUUGAGAAACAUGUUUAAUCAUCAGAAUUCAAUAGGGAACUUUUGAUUGCACUACGACUGCAGCAUCUAGAAGGUAAUGAUGGCUCUAAGAUAUAUUCUUGCCAAAUCUAUGUUGUGCAGAGAACAUAGGAUGGUCAUUGAUGAAUCAAAAGCUCCCUAAUGCAAGACCCUUGGAUAUCCAUUUAGUUGCUGCACCAACUAAGUUUCUAAAUUUCUUUGGGACAAUGUUUUUCUCAAUUCUAGUAUGAUUAGAUGCCAGUUUGAUGCUUUUACAAAGUUGACAUUGUACAUACAGUAAAUAGAAGAAACUUGAGCUGUGAGUUGGUCCAGUUUUGUACGUGCAUUAUUGAUAUUUAUAAUAUAGUAUCAGUCUUUUAUGAAUUUUAGGCAUUGUAGGUCAUCAGAUUGUUCCAUACAAUGUGCAUCAUUUUGUUUAUGAAUUAAUUAGGUAAAUAUGACUUGUAGUUAAAUAUAAAAAUAAUAGUUAAUAUUUCACAUUUUGUAUUGUUUAAUUUGUUAUCCUCUGCAUUCUACAUCAUAUUAUUUUUUUUAUUAUAUUUUUAAUAAUAUUCACUUAUUAAUUUUACAAGAUUUUUUCUAUAAUUAUAUAUAUAUUUUUUUCAUAAUUUGUAUAAUUAGGUUUUAUUAUUGCAUUCUGAAUAGGGUAUAUCUUAUUUAAUUGUGAACAUAUUCAUAUUCAUAUUCAGCUUUAUGCUGAGAUCCCUAACACAAUGCUUUUUAUAAUAUGGGUAACAUUUUUACUUUUAUUUUAAAAUUUGUUAACCAGUAAAUGUUUCAUUGAAGUGGCUGUUUUGAAUUCUGUAUUAUAAGCUAUGAUGCAGUAGUCUGCCUUUUUACAUGUAUCAUUAUAACAACAUUAUUUGUAAGCCUGCAUAUCAGCGAGGUGAGACUGACCACAUGGUUGUACAGUUGCUGUACAUGCUGCUUAUUGUUGUUUACGUUUUAUUUUGUUUGCAUGUAUGUUAAUAUGGCCUCCAUGUCAUGAUCAUGUGAAUGCAAGACUGUCAUUUUAACAAACUGUCGGAUAGUCUGUUCAGAUCAAGUACAAAUUACUCGUAAAUGUGCACACCUGAUAAAUUGACCUUUCACCUGUGCUUAAUUUAAUUACACAUGCAUUACUUCACAUGAUAUAUUACAGUAGUCUAUAUUGUUCAGUGUAAAUGUAAAAUACAGCAUUUUAUUUGUUUUGAUGUGGUUUAGUGACAAUCAAGAAUCACCUAUUUGGCAUGUUUGUAUAAUGCACUUACCUUGUACCUUAUCAUUCUGUACAUACCCACAUGAUUAAAAAACCUCUAUGAUACUAAUUCAGAAAAAUACCCUGUUGGUGGUUUCCUGGGGCAGCACCAAGAUUUGCUGGAUGGGGGACCUAAUGUGACGAGAGCAAAGUGGGUUUUUUUUUUUUGUGGUGCAGGGUCCUGGGGNNNNGGGGCGGCGGCGGCGGAGCAAAUCCCAAGAACAUUUAGGAGUUUCAAAGGCUUAUUUAAUUGAGUUUAGAGUCUACGAAUAUGUAAAAAAUACAUGUAAUAUUUUUUUCUCUCCCACAAAUUGUUUUUUCUCCCCGACGCGACCCUGUGCCCACCCACCACUGGCGCCACCCCGGUUGUUUUACUCUUAUAUGGGUCUUUUACUGUAUUGUGCUUUUCUAUGCUUGGUUUGGUAUUAUACUAUCAUGUCUCUUUCAUAGUUUUGUGGUAUUGUGGUAUUUUAGGAUAUUUGAUCAGAUUAAAUACAGUAGUUAAAAUAAUUACAUACUUUUUAAAUAUUACAAUUUUACUAUAUAAAAUGGCAUCAGUAUAAAAAUGAUACUAAACUUCAGAUAUUGUAUGAGUAUGGUGACUCAACAAACAAACGUGAGACAUUUCAUUCUUUAUUAGAACAUUGCCAAGAAUGAUUAUACUGUAGUCCAUGAUGGUGACAAUACUUAACUACCAGAAAUCAAAACAAAAUAAUCACAUAGAAUCAGUUAUGGCCUCACGUUAGUCAUUCUUCGGACUCGCCAUACUCAUAAUCUAUUUGCAAAUAAUCAGUGGAUCCUUUGGUUUAAGAUAUUAUAAAAUGAAUGUUAUGGUAACCGGGGAUGUCAUGAUACAUGACAAACUCAAACAAACAAACAAAAAACAAACAAACUUCAUAGUUGUUCAUUCAGACACAGAAAAGAAGGGAUUUUCGGAUAUGGAUGCUUAGCCCUGUACUCUUGCUAUGGUACAGUACAUGUAAAGAAUGUUAGACUUGCUGUAUAGUGCAUGUCAGACAAUGCUAUAAAUGGUGUGGUUGAACAAGCACUUAAAUUGUUGAUUGAAUAAAGUAGUUUCAGUUACUGCUGGCGGUAAGUCAUAAACCCUUAUUGAACGUAUGAUGUUAGGUGUAUUUUCUGACAUACAGGAGGAAUAUUAUCGUCAUUCCAGAAAAAUAAUAUACAGUACACAAAAAAAAAAAAAAAAACUACAAUGCAGUAGUUCAAUAUAACCCUUUGACUCAUCAAUGACGUCAUACCAGUACUAACUACUCUGCUUGUUGUAAUGCUAUUUAAUAUGUAGCUUUUUUUUACAAUUUCAGAACUCAAUAUAUAUUAUGCAAGUUAUAUGUUAAUUAUUUUUAAUCAUUAAAACCUAAUUCAAAUUGUUGAAA